AUGUCUACAAUUAGAUGGGUUGAUCUGUUAUCAAGCGAAUCAAAUUUCUCUCACUCGAAAACAAACAAUGAUGAUAUAAAUGAAAAAUUAAAAAAAAAAAAAGUUUUUUUUAAAUCUGAAGCAGAUUUAAAUAAUAGUUUUUUGAAUUCAUAUAAUGGUGAUUUAGAUAAUAGUAAUGUUGGGAUAAAUUUAAAAAUAAAAAAUAUGUGUAUUAAAGAAAAGAAAGAUAUAAAGGCAGAUGAAAAAAUGAACGAAAAGAUUUGUAGUAAUAAAAUAGAUACAUUUAUACAAAAAAAUGUGAAUACUAAUUAUGAUGAAAAAAUAAAUGUUGUUCAUAACAUACCAUAUAAUGAUAAAAAUAAAAAAGAAAAAGAAGAAGGCUUAUUAAAUAAAAUAAAUAAUUUUAAUGACAACACAAGUGUUCAAAGUAAAUUAUAUAUUAAUAAUGUUCAAGUUAGUGAAACACACACAAAAAAAAAUCACCUUGAUGAAAAAGAAAAUAAUAAUAAUAAUAAUAAUAAUAAUAAAAUCGUUGAGAAAAAAAAAAACAAACAAACUGACGAUAACAAAACAAAUCAGGAUGAUGUAAAAGUAAAAGUAAAAAUAAAUUUGGAUUAUCCUGAACAAAAUAAUAAUCAGGAUCAAGAAAAUGAUAAUAAAAAUAAAGAACGGGUGACAAAUAAUAUUGCCACUCAUAAGGAAGAACAAAAUAAUGAUCUAUCAGUGUUCUCCUCAAAUGAAGAAUCUAAUCCAAAUAAUAAUAACAGUAAUUAUAUUUUAAGAAAUGAUAAAGAUACUUGUAACAAUACAGAAGAUAUGUCAAAAAGAAAUAAAGAAAAAACAACAACACAAAAUGUUUUACAAAAUCCUGUUAGUAAUAAAAAUAAAGAAGAAAAUUGUCAAUCGAGAGAUUCCUCGAAAAGGAGAAAUAGCGUUUCUAAAUCAUCAAAAAAUGUCACACGUCCUGUGGAUAAUAAUAAGAAAAAUGUAGAAUCCUUAAUAAAUCCUUCUGAAACAAAAAAGAAUGAUUCCUUAAAAAUGAACCAAGAAAAAAAUAUAAAAUAUAUGGAACAUAGUAAAAAAGGGAAAAACAAAAGAAAAGAACGAAAUAAUAAUAUGGAAAAUAGUAUGAAAAAUAAUAAUAGUAUUUCUGUUCUCGAUUAUACUGUUUCUCAUGAUGUUACAUUAGACGAGAAUAAUAUUCCUUUGAAUCCAACAAAAAAAAUGAAAAAUAAAAUGAAAGAUCUGAAACAUGUGGAAGAUGAUAAAAAUAAUGAUAUCCUUAAUAUGAAUAAAUCAAAAAUUCCGAAUUCAUUCAAACAAGCAGAUAGUAACAACAUAGUAAUUAAAAAAUUGAUGAAAGAAGAAAAUAAUUCGAUUGUUAAAGAAAAUGAAAAUAUAAAUUUUCUAAAAAUACAAAACAUGAAUACUAUGAUAGAUGAUAAAGAAGAUAAUCCAUUUUAUAAUGUUAUGAAUAAUAAUAUAGAUUUAGAAAAGUUUAAAAAUUUUAAUAAUAAUUUUAUAAAUUAUAUAGGGGAUAUAAGAAAUAAUUUUAGUGAAUCCUUAUGUACAGCUAACAGAAAUAGAGUUAAUAGUAGACUUAAAGAAAUAGCUGUCGGAAAAUCAACAAAGGAAUAUAAAAAUUAUGUUAAGCUAGUAAAAUAUCAAGAUAGAUUAGAAGAUGAUCCUGCUACACCUAACGCAUAUGAAGAUAUAACUAAUGCGAAAUUUCAAGCGAAAUAUAACUUAUGGAGAAAAAAGUUACAUAAAUUUGACACUCUAAAUUGA